AAAGAUUUUUCAAUGAAAGAUUUUAUAGUAAAGUAGGAGGAACAAAAUAUAGAAACUCCAUAAAGUAUCUAUUAACCAAUACAUAAUAAAAUAAAUAAAAGGUAGGAUUUCGAUGAAAACCAAUAAUUCUAAGAAAUUUAUUUAAAAGUAGUAGAUAAAUUCUUAUAUGCUUUAAAUAAUCUGUAGAUAGCUUAAUAUUACUCUUAAAAUUAAAGUAUUCCAAUUUAUCCAUUUGUAUUUUAAUGUUCAUUGAAUGAAGUUUUAGUAUAAACUCUAUAAAAUAAGUAGGUACAUUUAGGAGGGUAUAAAAUAGAUAUAAAGAAUGUCUCUAUUAGAAAUGGAUAAUUAAAAAUGUAAUAAUGUACACCAAGGUAGAUUCUUCAUUAAUAACCAUCCAUUAAACUAAGUAUUCAGAAAAGAAAAAGAAUUUCAAUGAAAGAAGAAAAAGAUACGAAAAACAUCCCAAAGAACUAUUGUAAGGCCAUCAUAAGUUUCGCUUCAAAAAAUCAAGCUCUUUGUUAUUAAAUAUUGGGAGACUAACUUAAGGUAGUCAAAUUUUUAGAAAGAAUCACAGUCUACAAGCAGAAAUUAUUGAAUAUCCGCAUAUUCAGUGAAUUACUAUCAUAAUCAGAAGACCCCGAUGUGGAAGAAUUCAAUCAAACUUUUAGAAUAUUGAGGUAUACAUAAUUCUAUUAAAUUAUAGUCGAAUAUUCAUUAAAAAAUUGGCAAUUAAUUAUAUAUUUAAUUCAAAGAUUGUUUAACAUAAUUGGCAUCUUCGAUAUCGUCAAUAAAUCUAUAAAGGAAUCAAAAACCCAAAGAAUUUCUCCCAUAUUAAGAAACUUUGA